GUUAAGAUUCAAAAUUAGGCUCGGAUCUUGCCUCCCCUGCUCUUUCUACUCCAUUUUCGUCUGUGUGUGUGCGAGAGACAGAGAGUGUGUACUGAAAACUAAAAAAAAUAAAAUUAAUUGAUGUAUAUUAAUAAAUUAGGGAUUUGUUAAUUUCGAUCAAAAUGGAAGGUAUUUCCGUUCAUAAUACCCAAAACGACGUCGUAUUCAAAGAUACGCCGAAAAUGGCGAAGGAAUCUAUUGGUAAUUCGGGGAGGAAAAUGCUUGCUGAUAUAAGUAACGUCCCCCAAAAACCGAAUAGUUUGGUAGAAAAUAACAACAAGUCUCGCCCCAAUUCCAUAACUGUCAAAGAAUUUAUCGACAAGCUCCAAAAGGAAAAUGCGACGCUCGUUAAGCUUUUAGCAGAUAAAAAUAGGAUUAUUGAUUUAAGUGGAACUGAGUUACACAAACUGAGGAUUACUUUGCAGAAGAUGCAGAUGCAGAAUUUGCAGCUUGCUCAGACAAAUAGUCAGAUGCUUGCGGAACUGAAUUCCGGCAAAGAUAGACUAAAAGACCUGCAACAUCAGCUUGGAUGCAAAAAUGGUUUGCUUGUUGCAAAACAAAAAGAGCUAGAGGGGAAAAGGAAAAUUACAACAUGUGAAACGAAAGAUGUUAAGAAGCUGAAAGUAUAUGAGCCUGAGGAGAUGGGAGUCUGUACAGUAGCAGAAAAAGAUAAAGAACAACAGUGUAAUACCAGCACAAGGCUAAAAUCCAAAAGUUUAGGGCCAUCAGUUAGAGAGGGCCCGGAAAAGGAUGUACGUGACAAUGGAAGGAUCCAAGCUAGAAGGCAGUCUGCUAGAUUUAAGCACGAGGAACCAAAGCCUAGAGAAGAUGUUUUUCAUGCAGACAAUGUGAAUCUCUCACAAUGUUCAUUAUCUGAUGAAAAAAUGCAUGAGGAUGAUUCAAGUUCAGUGGCUUUUUCUGUUAAGAAAGAGAAUAUAGAAGAUGACUUUUUACCAAAUAAAGUAACUCAAGAAAGUAGAAGAGCAUCUAUUUCAAGGCCAUCUCGUGUAGCAGCUAAGAAGGUUCAAUCUUACAAGGAAAUCGGCCUGCAAGUGAAGAUGCGGAGACCUGAGUAAGUUUGUUUCAAGUUUUUUGCUAUGAGGAAAUCAUCAUUUGACAACAAGUUGGUUUGAAUUCCGUUCAAUAUUUCUUUAGUUGGAGAUUGAGGAAAAACGUUCCUUUUUUGUAUCUGUAUGAUGUGUUAAACGAUUUAUUGGGCAUAUGAUAGCUAGCUAAUCGAAGUCAGUGCAGUUGAUUGUCAGUUGUAUGUUGACCAUUCUUAAUGCGCAAUACCGGUCUUAUUUUCUAAAUACGGGGAGUAUGUUUGAAAAUAUAUAACUUUUCUUCUUCUGGAA